CUCCUCUCUCGCCUUGUCCUCCUUUCUCCCCCAUGAGCGCGGAAAUGCAGUCCGCCCCCCGUCCAGCUGCCCAGCAGCCCCCCGUCAAGAUCUACAAUGCCGUUUACUCCUCCGUCCAGGUGUACGAAUGCAUGGUCCGCGGCAUUGCCGUCAUGCGAAGACGCGCCGAUUCCUAUGUGAACGCGACCCAAAUUCUCAAAGUCGCGGGCGUAGACAAGGGCCGCCGUACCAAGAUUCUUGAGAAGGAAAUCCUGCCAGGAAAGCAUGAGAUCGUGCAAGGCGGCUAUGGGAAGUACCAGGGUACAUGGAUCCCACUCGAGCGUGGACGCGACAUCGCCCUCCAGUAUGGUGUCGCACCAUUGCUCGCACCACUAUUCGACUUCGUUCCCAACGCGAACCCCAUGGGCACAUUGCCCGCGUCAUUAGCGGGUGUACCUGGUCUAGCGCCGCCACCUAUCAUGCCGGGUUCAGCACUGCGUCUUCUGAAUCAAGGACGCGCACAAGGGCUAUUCACGCCUUCUACUUCCAGUAUGUCUGUUCGUCAUCAUGUAUCCAGCGCUUCACCCCGCCCACACUUCUUAGCUGGCUACCCUGCUGGUUUUCCCUCGCUCGGGCCCAUCUCGCCCACGCCGCCGCCGUUGAGCCAUUCACUCAAACGCUCACAUUCGCAACUAGACUAUGAAUACCACUCCAUGGGGUCAGUUCCAGCAUCGCAAACUGCCCCGCCAACUCUCGCCGCAUCACCCGACAUCCAGAUGCUUGACCGCUCAAGACCCGCAUCGACCGCCCCUCAAACGGAUGGCGGCCCUUCUCCCUCGAAACGCGCUCGUACAGAACCGCCUAUAUUGCCCGACGGUAUCGGACGUGUUUCUCCUGAUCUUUCGACCGUCCAACCCCAUGCAAGCAUGCCUCCACCCGCGACGACUGGGGUACAGCACCCAUCACCCCCGAAUGUGACCAGUAAUGGAUUCUCCAGACCCUCAAGUUCUCAAGCGAUCGCGCCCAACGGGAAGGCGUCCGAAAGCAAACCCGGCUCGCCUCAGUAUAGCAUUCGAUUUGCCUCUAAACCUUCCAUCUCGCGAACUACCGACCCCAACGCACCAGCACGCGAUGCAAGACGCGCUUCCAUUGUACAAGCAAUUUGUACUCGAGAUGACCCCCAACCCGUACUAGACCUGAUCCGCGAGAUCCCUCCGGACAACCCCGCACUGGCGUCGGACAUUGACCUGGUUUUGGAUGAGCAGGGGCAUACAGCUUUACACCUGGCAGCCAGCACUGCGCGCCACACCACCGUCACGGCGCUCAUUGCAGCAGGCGCAGACGUGCACCGCGGCAACUACAGCGGAGAGACGCCUCUGAUGCGGGCAUGCCUUGCCACACACUGCUUCGACACACAGUCGUUCCAUACGCUAGUCGCGUCUUUGAAUGCAAGCAUUCGCACGCUCGAUACUGCGCGGCGGAGCGUGUUCCAUCAUAUCGCGGCCACGGCGGGGGUUAAGGGGCGCGCGACCGCAGCACGGUACUACCUCGACCAGAUCAACCUGUGGAUCGUGAACAACGAGAAGGCGGAUUUUCACUCCAUCACCGACAUCCAGGACGAGCAUGGCGACACGGCACUUAACAUCGCAGCCCGGGUGGGAAAUAGGGGUUUGGUCAGAGCAUUGUUGGACGCCGGUGCCAAUAGGCUCCUUGCAAACAAGCUUGGGCUCCGGCCAGGGGACUUUGGCGUUGAAACCGAGGAACUUACCCGAUCGGAGGACAUCUUGUCUUCACUACGAUCAGGCCCUUCUGUUCCCUUGCAGAAGAGCCAGGAUGUAAUAGCUGAUAUCAGCAGUAUGAUCCAAGGGCUCGGAUCGGAGUUCUCCGCAGAGGUGAAGACGAAGCAGGAUCAGCUGGAUGUUACACAAGCACACCUCCGGGCGGCGACGCGCGAGCUCUCGGAGCAGCGCAAGCAGAUCCAGCAAUGGCAGGGGCGCUGUGGCGAGCUCGACCAAACGACUCAGCGUAUACGCAACCUGGAGAAGGCCCUCGCGGACGAGGACAACUUCGACUGGACCGGCCGGACUGAGCUCGACGGAUCGGACGCCGGGCCGUCGUCGGGCCCCGCAUUCCAGGCUCGGGGGUCUGAUUCGGCUCUGACCGGAGUCGGGGGCGCGGCAGACGUACCUGCGCAUCUGGACGUCGACCCGACGAUCCCAUUGGGCGACUCGGUCGCAAACCUCAUCAAGAUGCGGCGGCUGAAGAUGUGGUACACGCGCGUGGAGCAGCUCAUGGAGGCGCGGCUGCGCUCGCUGGAGGGCGCGAGCGCGCAGAAGGAGUACGAGUGCAAGAAGAUCGUCGCGCUGUGCACGGGGGUGCCGCUCGACAAGGUGGACGAGCUCCUGGAGAACCUGGUCGUCGCGAUGGAGAGCGAGUCGCAGGUGAUCGACAUCAGCCGGGUGUCUGGGUUCAUGCAGAAGGUUCGGAACGGUGUGAUAUAGCGGGUAGAUAACGAGCAAGGCACGGCACGGACAUGCCCUCCGAGGCAGCGAUGGACGUUCCUCCGCGUAGUGUAUAUCGGAUUGAGGCUCGGCGCUCUCCCCCUUUCGUCUCGGUGUCGUCGUAACGUUAAUGGCCUGAAUCACUGUAUUACUAUGCAUCGUCGCCAUCUAUUAUUAUGUGCAAGCGUCGC